AUGUUGGAGGAAGAUAUGGAAGUGGCUAUCAAGAUGGUGGUUGUAGGGAAUGGAGCGGUUGGAAAGUCAAGUAUGAUUCAGCGAUAUUGCAAAGGCAUUUUUACAAAAGACUACAAGAAAACCAUUGGAGUUGAUUUUUUGGAGCGACAAAUCCAAGUUAAUGAUGAAGAUGUCAGACUAAUGUUAUGGGAUACAGCAGGUCAAGAGGAAUUUGAUGCAAUAACAAAGGCCUACUAUCGAGGAGCCCAGGCUUGUGUGCUUGUAUUUUCUACCACAGACAGGGAAUCUUUUGAAGCAAUUUCCAGUUGGAGAGAGAAAGUCGUAGCUGAAGUUGGAGAUAUACCAACUGUGCUUGUGCAAAACAAGAUUGAUCUCUUGGAUGACUCUUGUAUAAAGAACAUGGAGCUAUCCUGUGUGGAUGAGUUUAAAUGGUAUUUGGCUGAAAAAUAUCUUCAGAAACUCAAACAGCAAAUAGCUGAGGAUCCAGAAUUAAUGCAUUCAAGUAGUAACAAAAUUGGUGUCUUUAAUACAUCUGGUGGAAGUCACUCAGGUCAAAAUUCAAGUACCCUUAAUGGUGGAGAUGUCAUCAAUCUUAGACCCAACAAACAGAGGACCAAGAAAAACAGAAAUCCUUUUAGCAGCUGUAGCAUACCCUAA